AAGAAAACAAAACAAAGUUGAGUGAAACGUAUUCAAAUUUAUUAGUACAUACCGUUCGCACGUUAUGACAUUUUAACAGCUGAUAGUAUUCGAAAAAAAUUAACCAAAAUGUCAAAUUUUCUAAAACAAAAGACUAACUGGACAAAUGUCUAUCAUAUAUUAAAGAGACACUACUCAGUUGACAAAUAUCCGAAAAUUACUACCCAUUACACAAUUUGCCCAAGAGAUAAAGAUCCACGAUGGAAAGAAGCAAAUAUGGAAAGAUUUGCCGACGAAACAGAUUUAUUAAUUGUUGGGGGUGGUCCAGCGGGCAUGGCAGCUGCAAUUAGAGCUAAACAAUUAGCAGAUGCUGCAGGCAAAGAGUUAAAAGUAACAUUAGUAGAAAAAGCUGCUGAAAUUGGUGGCCACAUAUUAUCUGGAGCCUGUUUAGAUCCCGUUGCAUUAAAUGAACUAAUUCCAGAUUGGAAAGAAAAAGAUGCACCACUUAAAACGCCUGUAACACAUGAUAAAUUCGCAUUUUUAACGGAGAAAGGUCGAAUUAGCAUUCCUAUUUUCCCAGGUAUGCCUAUGUACAAUCAUGGCAAUUAUAUUGUACGAUUGGGACAUGUCGUUAGAUGGAUGGGAGAGCAAGCUGAAUCAUUAGGCGUUGAAAUGUAUCCAGGAUACGCUGCAUCUGAGGUAAUUUUUGAUGAAAAUGGUACAGUUAAAGGUAUUGCAACAAAUGAUGUUGGUAUAGCUAAAGACGGUAGCCCUAAAGAAAGUUUUGAACGCGGUAUGGAACUUCAUGCAAAAUGUACAAUUUUUGCUGAAGGAUGCCAUGGCCAUUUAACAAAAUAUCUUAUAAAGAAAUUCGAUCUACGAAAAGAAAGCGAACCAGCUACUUAUGGAAUUGGUAUUAAAGAAAUUUGGGAAGUUGAUCCAUCAAAACAUGUUCCUGGUACUGUUGAACAUACGGUUGGUUGGCCUUUGGAUAAAAACACAUACGGUGGAUCGUUUUUGUAUCAUUUAAAUGAAGAUACACCAUUGGUAGCUGUUGGUUUUGUGGUUGGAUUGGAUUAUACGAAUCCAUAUAUGAGUCCAUUUAAAGAAUUCCAACGAUUCAAACAUCAUCCAUCUAUUCAACCCAUAUUCGAAGGUGGAAAUCGUAUUGCCUACGGUGCUCGUGCUUUAAAUGAAGGUGGACUUCAAAGUUUACCAAAACUUACCUUCCCCGGUGGCUGUUUAAUUGGUUGCGCUGCUGGAUUUUUGAAUGUUCCAAAAAUUAAAGGAAUCCAUAAUGCCAUGAAAAGUGGAAUGUUAGCUGCUGAAAGUGUAUGUGAGACAAUAUUUAGUGAGGAAGGUGUUAAUGCUAGUUUCGAACCAAAAAGUUAUGAGGACAAAAUUAAAAAUAGUUAUGUUUAUAAAGAACUUAAAUCGGUUAGAAAUAUUCGACCUAGUUUCCAUUCAAGUUUAGGUUUAUAUGGUGGUAUGAUGUAUUCGGGUGUGUCAUUUGCAAUUGGUGGUCUUGAACCAUGGACCUUAAGUCACGGAUUACCUGAUCAUGCACGACUAAAGAAAGCUAGCGAAUCAACACCAAUUGAAUAUCCAAAACCUGAUGGCAAAAUCAGUUUCGAUUUAUUAUCAUCUGUCGCAUUAACGGGCACAAAUCAUGAAGCUGAUCAACCAGCACAUUUAACACUUAAAGAUGACACAGUACCAGUCAAAAGAAAUUUGGCUGAAUUCGACGGCCCAGAAGGCAGAUUUUGUCCGGCCGGUGUAUACGAGUAUGUACCAUUAGAAGGUGGCGAAGAAGGUGAUCAACGUCUACAAAUUAAUGCAUCAAAUUGUAUUCAUUGCAAGACAUGUGACAUUAAAGAUCCAAGUCAAAAUAUCAAUUGGGUAGUUCCAGAAGGUGGCGGUGGUCCAGCCUACAAUGGAAUGUAAAUUCUCAUAAAAUGUACGUUUUUAUGAUGGUUUUUACAUGUAUGGUAAUUUAUUUUAAAUUAAUUUUAUUUCCUAAAUAUUUUAUCCUUAUCAGUUUUAAAUCAUUUUAAAAUAUUUGGUGCCAAAAAAUGCUAUUAAAGUUAGUUAAGAAAAAUUCAAUUACAAAAAUUCCAAGGUCAAUUACAAUUGUCUCCAAAACAGAACAAAGAAGGUAAUUAUUAUUUCUUUUCUUAGAACUGUUGCAAAUAAAAGUUGUAUGUAAUUCUUAGAGAUAUGAUGUAAAUAGUAAAAAAUAUUAAAUUAUAUAUUACUAGUUUUCGUUUACUAUUUUGAUUAUAUUAAUUUUUAAACAUGAGUAAUUGAUCAAUACAAUCAUGCAAAGAAAAAUAUUUAGAACUAGAAGUCCUUAAGAUAGAGUUUCUCGGAGAGCGACAGGAUUAUUAAAAAUAAUUUCUCAGUACAGUUCCAGUUUACUUCUAUUUUCAACCACCGCUCUCCGAAGAAACCGAAGCUUAACAAGAGACUUACAGCUUGUAUAUUAGUAGUCACAGAGGAUAGAAAAGGUAACUUUUUUCAGCACUUCUUGGAACUUAACUGUGACUAAGCAGUUGGUUUGUGUCUUUACUGAAUGGAAUUCUUUUGAAAAUGCUUCUUAUAUAAGUAAAAUAAACUAACAAUUAUCAUAAGAUGUUUACUCUUGUUGAAAAGAUUUUCUACCUACAAUUUUUUCUUGUGUAUAAUUGUAUUGUGUGUAUGCGAUUACUACGGUACGCUUCUCACGCUUUCCAAUUUUCUCGAAACAAUGUAAAUGUUUACACGAAAUGUCAUUGUGG